AUGCCACUGGAGCGUCUCCCUCCCAUCGCUCUCCUCCACUCGUAUUCGGACCUGGCUCAGACCGAGGUGCUCGACCUGCUGUUCGAGCCCAGUCCCGCCAUCCACGCCACUCUCCUGCCAGUCAUCCGCACGGCCGUCUACAGCUCAUACCCCGACUUGAUAGACGUGUGCCAGAUCAGGCUCCUCUCGCUCGCCGCCAAGUCUGCCGAGACGGAGCCCCAUCCCGUGCUCCUGUCCGUCCUGGAAUCUCACCCGCGCCUCGGAGAAAAGAACAUUGAGUCGGCGCAGUCCGUGGCCGAACAGGCAAACCUCCAGGGAGAAUCCGAGGAACUCGCCGCGCUCAACAGGGAGUACGAAGAGGCGUUUCCGGGGCUCAGAUAUGUCGUCUUCGUCAACGGGCGGGGGCGGCCCGAGAUUAUGCAGGACAUGAGGGCGCGGAUCGAGCAGAGCAACUAUUCCCAAGAGGUCGACGCUGCAUUACAGGUACGGACCGGUGCUUUUUACAAGUCAGACCAGUCAAAAUUCUUCACGAUGAAGGCUAAUUCUUGUGGAUUCAAACAAAAGGCCAUGUGCGACAUUGCAAAGAGCAGGGCUUCCAAGCUUCCUGAAGAUACUAACCGCAAGCAGUCCAACGGCAACUGA